CGACGAGUAUCAGGCCGUCGCUGAUCGUGCCCUCAGCCAACCAGCGAACACAGCCGCUCUCAUGGACCUCAUUGAAUUCAUGAAAAAAGCCGAAAUUUCUACUCUCAAAAAUCUCGAAUACAGACUCCACGACAUUCUCGACAGCAUCAAUUAUUUAUCCGAUGUUCGGCUGCUCACGGAGCCCGAAAUUCAAACAAAUAAUAUUGCUUUUCAAUGGUAUCAUCGAAUGCCUAAAAUUCUCGAAGCCAACAAGCAAAUCGUCGAGACCAAAACUCUAGAAUUUCAAGAAUCACUCAAAGGAAGAUACAAAAAGUUCGAGGAGGAGUUGGAAUCGUACGCUCGUCAAGUGGAAGAGUUUCAGUAUUUCGGUGAAAUGGAGGAAGUUUAUCGUUACCAGAAGAAGGCGCAGAGUUUGGAGAACAAGCUGACAGUAGCGGUGGAGAAAAUCGAGAAGUUUAACGAGGAGGAGGCUUCGUUUGGUUGGAUAACGACGCAGUAUCCGCUUCGAAAGAAAGUGGCCGAUCGUUUGGUGCCUUUUAAAAAGUUGUUUGAUGCGACUUGCGAGUACAUGGUGAAGCACGAGAAGUGGACAACGUCGAUGAUCGGAGCGCACAACCCGGAAGACAUCGACAACGACGUCAGCGUGGCUUACAGAACCAUAUACAAACUGGAGAAAUCUUUCGUCGAGCCAAAGCCGAAGGAAUUGGCAGGAAUAGUACGAGAAAAAAUGGAGGAUUUCAAAGUUCACAUGCCGGUUAUAAUGACCCUGGGCAACCAAGGAAUGAAGCCUCGACAUUGGGAAGAAAUAUCGAAAAUCGUUGGGUUCCCGAUCAAGGUCGACCCUGAGAUGACUUUGGGAAAAAUCUUGGACAUGAAAGUGGACGACUACGUGGAGAAAUUCGAGGUCGUUUCCGAAGCUGCGACCAAAGAAAGCAGCCUGGAAAAAAAUAUGGAAAAAAUGCAAAAGGACUGGCUGAAUGUGACCUUCACUGUGAACCCGUACAAGGACACUGGCACCUUUGUCAUCGCCAGUGUCGACGACAUUCAACUCAUGCUCGACGACCACAUCACCAAAGCAAUGACCAUGAAAAACUCGCCUUACAUCAAACCGUUUCAUGGCCAGAUUGUGAAAUGGGAAAACAAGCUCCACCUGCUGGAAGACAUUCUCGACCAGUGGCUCAAGGUCCAAGGAACGUGGAUGUACCUCGAACCAAUAUUUUCGUCACCGGACAUCCAGCAACAGAUGCCAGAUGAGGGACGAAGGUUCAGCGCCGUCGACAAGACCUGGAGAGACAUCAUGAAAACGGUUCACGCCAAUCCGAGGGUCAUGUCCGUUGUCGAAAUCGACAAAAUGCUCGAAAGACUGAAAAAAAGCAUGGGACUCUUGGAGCUCAUUCAAAAAGGCUUGAACGAAUAUUUGGAGAAGAAAAGAUUGUAUUUUCCACGAUUUUUUUUCCUGUCGAACGAUGAACUGUUGGAAAUUCUGUCCGAAACGAAGGAUCCCACUCGGGUUCAGCCUCAUUUGAAGAAGUGCUUCGAAGGCAUAGCAAAGUUGGAGUUCGAUUCGGAUUUGGAAGUGCGCAAGAUGAAGUCGGCGGAAGGUGAGGAAGUGGAUUUGGCGGACGUGAUAUCGACGGCAGCAGCGAGGGGUCAGGUCGAGAAAUGGUUGCUGGAGUUGGAGGUGGACAUGCGGAAGAGUAUUCGCCAGAAGGUAUUCGAGGCGAUCGCAGCGUAUCCGAUGAAGGAGCGAACGACGUGGGUGCUGGAGUGGCCUGGGCAGACGGUAUUGUGCGUUGGCCAGUUGUACUGGACGCAGCAGAUCGAAGAGGCGAUGUUGGUGGGGCUGGAUGGACUGGAGAGAUAUUUGGAUCAGUGCGAGACCGAGUUGCACGACAUAAUUCUCAUAAUCCGGGGCAAGCUGUCCAAGCAGAACCGCAUUACUUUAGAAGCUUUGGUCACUUUGGACGUCCAUGGGAAAGACGUUCUCACAGCGUUGUGCAAGGACCGAGUGAUCAACAACACGGAUUUCAAGUGGCUUUGCCAGCUCAGAUACUACUGGCAGAACGACAACCUCUGGACUUACAUGAUCAACUCUUAUCUCCGCUACGGUUACGAGUACUUGGGUAACUCGUCGAGGCUCGUGAUAACUCCGUUGACGGAUCGUUGCUACCGGACGCUCUUCGGCGCCCUGAGCCUCCACCUCGGCGGGGCCCCGGAAGGGCCGGCCGGUACAGGGAAAACGGAGACGACCAAAGACCUGGCGAAGGCAGUUGCGAAGCAGUGCGUCGUCUUCAAUUGUUCGGAUGGCUUGGACUACAUCGCGCUCGGCAAGUUCUUCAAGGGUCUUGCCUCGUGUGGCGCUUGGUCCUGCUUCGACGAGUUCAAUCGCAUAGAUCUUGAGGUCCUGUCCGUCGUGGCGCAGCAGAUUCUGACGAUACAGCGCGGCAUCAACUCCGCCGCGGAGAAGCUGCUGUUCGAAGGGACUGAGAUAUUUUUGGACCCAACCUGCGCCGUCUUCAUCACGAUGAAUCCUGGCUACGCCGGGCGUUCGGAGCUGCCGGACAACCUCAAAGCGCUGUUCCGCUCGGUGGCGAUGAUGGUCCCCGACUACGCCCUCAUAUCCGAGAACACUUUGUACUCGUUCGGCUUUUACAACGGGCGCCCUCUCGCCGUCAAGAUCGUUACUGCCUACAAGCUGUGCUCGGAGCAGCUGAGCAGCCAGUGCCACUACGACUAUGGCAUGCGAGCCGUCAAGUCCGUCCUGACGGCAGCGGGCAACCUGAAGCUCAAGUAUCCCAACGAGUCCGAAGACGUCCUGAUGCUGAGGAGCAUCAAGGACGUCAAUCUGCCCAAGUUCCUGAGCCACGAUCUUCCACUCUUCCAUGGCAUUGCUUCCGACCUCUUCCCCGGCGUCAUCUUGCCCGAGCCGGAUUACACCCACCUCAAUUCGUGCACCAAGGAAGCCUGCGCGCGAGCCAACAUCCAGUGCACUCCUUUCUUCCUGGAGAAAGUCCAACAAAUCUACGAAAUGAUGAUCGUCCGCCACGGCUUCAUGAUCGUCGGGCUUCCGUUCGGCGGCAAGACGACCGCCUACCGGAUCCUCGCGGAGGCUCUUGGCCUCAUGGAAGAAAGUGGCAUUUCGGAUGAGCACGGAGUCGAGAUCAUCGUCAUCAACCCAAAGUCCAUCACCAUGGGACAACUGUACGGGCAGUUCGACCCUGCCUCCCACGAGUGGAGCGACGGCGUCCUGGCCGUCAGCUAUCGAGCCUUCGCAACCUCGAGCAACGAGAAUCGAAAGUGGCUCAUAUUUGACGGGCCCGUUGAUGCCAUAUGGAUCGAGAACAUGAACACCGUUCUCGACGACAACAAAAAGCUGUGCCUCAUGUCCGGCGAAAUCAUACAACUCGCACCUACGACGAACCUCGUCUUCGAGCCCAUGGAUCUUGAGGUUGCUUCCCCUGCAACCGUUUCCAGAUGCGGCAUGAUCUACAUGGAACCCGUUGCCCUGGGCUGGACCCCCCUCCUCGAUUCCUGGAUCAACACCCUUCCGGACAAGCUCAGUGAACACAUCAGGCAUCACCUGAGAGACAUGUUCAUGCGCUUCUGUCCUGCUUUGCUGCAUCUCAUCCGCCGAUCCGGCCUCAAGGAAAUGAUGAACAUGCCGGAUGCGAACCUCACCAGGUCGGUGAUGUACCUCUUCGACUGUUUCCUCGAUGACUUCAACGAUGAAAAGUACCUGGAAACGAUAUCGGACCUGGAAAUGAGGGCCCAGAUCGAGGGCUCUUUCUUCUUCUCCUGCAUCUGGGCCUUGGGCGGCACCCUCAUGGUAGCUUAUCGCGAAUGGUUCAGCAGCCUCUUCCGAGCCUUAACAGAACCAGAGUUUCCUGAUGAGAUUCGAACCCGUUUCGGACUCCCGGAAGCCACGACAGGUCCCAGGAAACCUUUCGUUACUCUCCUUCCAACGACUGGCCUCGUCUAUGAUUACAAGUACAUCAAAGAGGGCAAGGGAAAAUGGCGACCCUGGUCCGAGGAACUCCACGACGUUCCUGCGAUCCCACACGACAUGCCGGUCAAUCAGAUAAUCGUGUCAACUGUCGAAACGGUUCGAUACUUCACUCUCUUCCAAUACCUCAUUUGCCAUCACAAACCUGUUCUUCUCGUCGGGCCAACCGGAACCGGCAAAUCCGUUUACAUAAUGGAUUUCCUCCUCAAGAGGAACAACCCCCAAGUAUUCAAACCACUUUUUGUGACUUUCUCCGCCCAAACGACUGCCAAUCAGACCCAGGAUAUGAUCAUGAGCAAAAUGGACAAGAGAAAGAAGGCCGUUUAUGGCGCACCACCGGGCAAGCAUUGGGUCAUCUUCGUCGACGAUGUCUCGAUGCCUUCCAAAGAAGAGUACGGAGCUCAACCACCGAUCGAGUUGUUAAGGCAGUGGCUCGACCAUUCCAUUUGGUACGAUCGAAAAGAGGUCGCGCCCAUCAGCCUCGUCGACAUCCAACUGGUCUGCGCCAUGGGUCCACCAUCCAGUGGCAAGGACGUCACUGCCAGGUUCAAAAGGCACUUUUUCACUCUCGCCAUCUCCGAAUUCGAGGACCAAGUUAUGAUCACCAUUUUUUCCAAAAUCGUCUCUUGGCACUUGGACUCUCGAGGCUUUCCUCACGCCUUUGAAGCCUGCGUUGACCCAAUCGUUCUCUCGACCUUGGACAUUUACAAACAGACGUUGAAACACCUGCUCCCCACACCAGCCAAGUCUCACUAUCUCUUCAAUCUCAGAGACUUCUCCAGAGUCAUUCAAGGAGUUCUUUUGUCAUCACCAGAAGCAAUGCCCAACGAGCUCAGUAUGAAACGACUGUGGGUCCAUGAAAUCCUGAGGGUGUACGGCGACCGUUUAGUCGACGAGUCCGACUCGUCCUGGCUCGUCGAGCAAAUCCGAGCGACCCUGGCGGAGCGAAUGGAGGAAGAAAUGGACGAAUUGUUCGGUGACUUCGUCGACGUCCGGGGUACCCGGGUCACGGAUACCCAGUUGCGGAAUCUGCUUUACUGCGAUUUCCAGAAUCCCCUGGAAGAACAGAAGCGUUAUAAGGAAGUGGAAAACCACGAUGAACUGGCUACGGUCGUGAACGAUUAUUUGAAGGAAUACAAUUCGAUCUCGAAGAAGCCGAUGAACCUGGUGCUCUUCCGAUUCGCCAUAGAACAUCUUUCGAAGAUCUGUCGCAUCAUGAUGCAGCCGCGCGGACAUGCUCUGCUCGUCGGCGUCGGAGGCUCGGGUCGCCAGUCCUUGACGCGCCUGGCUUCCCACAUAUCGGACUACGAGAUCUUCCAGGUCGAAAUAUCGAAGCAGUACGGCGUCCACGAGUGGCACGAGGACCUCAAGCUCAUUUUGAAGAGGAGCGUCGCCAGUGACCUUCACACGAGUUUUCUCUUCACCGACAUGCAGAUCAAGGAAGAGUCCUUCCUCGAAGACAUCAGCAAUCUGAUGAACGCUGGCGAAGUCCCAAACCUCUUUGCUGCCGACGAAAAAGCCGAACUCUGCGAAAAAAUGCGCUCGAUUGAUCGCCAGCGGGACAAGUCCAUGCAAACGGACGGCAGCCCGAUUGCGCUCUUCAACUAUUUCAUUCAGGUCGUCAGGGAACAACUGCACAUUGUUGUCGCGAUGUCUCCCAUUGGAGAAAGUUUCAGGACUCGCAUCAGGAAGUUUCCGGCUCUGGUUAAUUGUUGCACGAUCGAUUGGCUCCAACCUUGGCCGGAAGACGCCCUCCUCGCUGUCGCUACCCAGUUCCUGGGCGAAAUCCAACUCGACGAUGAAGAGCGACUCGCUUGUAUCGAGAUGUGUCAAUAUUUUCAUACUUCCACUCAAGACUUGUCGAAAGAAUUUUUCCACCGCGUCGGCAGGCACAAUUACGUCACGCCAACUUCUUACCUCGAGCUGAUAAACACCUUCAAGGAUCUUCUCGCGAAGAAACGUGCCGAGGUGCUCGAAGGUAAGAGGCGUUACGAAGCAGGCCUGGGCAAGCUGGACUCCACUCAUAAACAAGUUGCCAAAAUGCAAGAGAUUCUCGUCGCACUUCAACCAAAGUUGAGGGAAGCUGCUAAGGAUGUUGAGAAAAUGUUGGCCAACGUUGAAAGUGAGAGCCUCGAAGUUUCCGCCAUUGAACAGGUCGUCAAGAAGGACGAGGAGGCUGCAAUGGUCGUAGCCGCUGCAGCAGAAGAAAUCCGGGUCGAGUGCAACGCGGAUUUGGAGCUGGUCAUGCCGAUCUUGAACGCUGCUAAUGCGGCCCUCAACACCCUGACUCCCCCGGAUAUCCAGAUCGUCAAAACCAUGAAGAACCCUCCAGCGGGUGUCAAGUUGGUGAUGGAAGCGGUCUGCAUUUUGAAGGACGUCAAGCCGGAGAGGGUCCAAGCGGAAGGUGGCGGUGGGACGGUCGACGAUUACUGGAAGCCGUCGUUGCGAGUGUUGGGCGACAUGAAGUUCCUGGAGAACCUUUUGAACUUCGACAAGGACAACAUCCCUGAGAAAAUAAUGGCGAAGAUAAGAUCGACGAUCUUGACGAACCCGAAUUUCGAUCCGGACAAAAUAAGAAACGCGUCGACCGCUUGCGAGGGGCUCUGCAAGUGGGUGAUCGCUCUUGCCGAGUACGACACAGUGGCCAAGGUCGUGGCUCCUAAAAAAAUAGCGCUGGCCAAGGCGGAGGCUGAGUACGACGGAGCGAUGGCGGCUCUCGAGGUCAAGAGGCAGCAGCUCCGGGAGGUUCAGCUCCGGGUUCAACGGCUCGAGGAGCUUUUGGCCCAGAGGAAGGCCGACUAUCAAGCAAUGAUCGACGAGGUUGAAGACUGCGAACAGAAGCUGAGGAGAGCCGAAGAGCUCAUCGGUGGCUUGGGUGGCGAGUACAAUCGAUGGUCAGCGACUGCGGUCCAACUUGGAGAACGUUAUUUCAAGCUGACCGGUGACAUCAUCAUCGGAGCUGGGUUCGUUGCCUACCUGGGGGUCUUCACGACCCAGUACAGACAGCGGCAGCUAGAAAACUGGCUGAGAAUCUGCACCCAGCUGAAGGUCAUCUGCACCCAAGACUUCCAGCUCAAUCAAAUCCUCGGCGACCCCGUUCUCAUCAGGUCCUGGAACAUCGCGGGACUGCCCAGCGACCUUUUCUCCAUCGACAACGCCAUCGUCGUCGUGAAAUCCAGACGCUGGCCUCUCAUGAUCGAUCCCCAAGGUCAGGCCAACAAAUGGAUAAAAAACAUGGAAAAAAGCUUCAACAUCCACGUCGUCAGACUCAGCCAAAACGACUACAUGAGAAUCCUCGAAAAUGCUGUCCAAUUCGGACAACCCGUUCUCCUCGAAAACGUCGGCGAGGAACUCGACGCUGCUCUCGAGCCACUUCUCCUCAAACAGACCUUCAAAAGUGGCGGAUCCUGGUGCAUCAAACUCGGCGACUCGGUCGUCGAGUACAGCGACAAAUUCAGAUUUUACAUAACAACGAAGCUGCGCAACCCUCAUUAUUUGCCAGAAAUAGCAGUCAAAGUGACUCUUUUAAAUUUCAUGAUAACUCCAGUCGGUCUGGAAGAUCAAUUAUUAGGUAUCGUCGUGGCGAAAGAGAGACCCGAUCUGGAAUCCGAAAAAAAUCAAUUAAUCGUCCAGGGAGCUGCGAACAAAAAAAUGUUGAAGGAAAUCGAAGACAAGAUCCUCGAAGUUUUGUCAGAGUCUGACGAGAAUAUUCUCGAGGAUCAAACUGCCAUUGGUGUUUUGAGCUCGUCGAAAGUUCUCUCGAACGAGAUUCAAGCGAAACAGACCGUGGCUGAGGUCACUGAAAAGUCCAUCGAUGCAGCUCGACUUCAGUACACUCCAAUCGCCGUUUAUAGCACCGUACUUUUUUUCACGAUUGCUGUUCUUGCAAAUAUCGAUCCAAUGUACCAAUAUUCGUUGGUAUGGUUCGUAAAUUUGUUUAAAAGUACCAUUGACAAUACGCCACCAGUUGAAGAUGUUGAGCAGCGUUUGAAAGAUUUGACGAAACAUUUCACGUACUCGUUGUACGUCAACAUUUGUCGUUCUCUUUUCGAGAAAGACAAGCUCGUAUUUUCCCUCAUUCUCGCAAUAAAUUUGUUGAACAAACAAGGAAAAAUAUCGAUGGCACAGUGGAUGUUUCUCUUGACUGGUGGAGUCGGCUUGGAAAAUCCACAUCCAAAUCCGACUGAUUGGCUGCCCACCAAAUCCUGGGAUGAGUUCUGUCGGCUCAAAGAUGUUUCUGGUUUUUCGGGGAUACAAGAAUCAUUGAGGCGUGACACAGCUCUGUGGAAAUACGUCUUUGAUCACAAAGAGCCCCAAUCUCUUACGUUUCCUUCACCUUUUCAUAAAAUAAGUCUCUUCGAGAAAAUGCUUGUUCUUCGUUGCCUGAGGCCUGACAAAGUUAUUCCAGCUGUACAACUUUUCGUUGAAGUCGAACUUGGCAAACAGUACAUCGAACCUCCGCCCUUCGAUCUCGCGUCCUCGUACACCGAUUCCCACUCCUGCAUCCCCUUAAUAUUCGUACUAACACCCGGUGCUGAUCCAACAGCAAUACUCUUGAAAUUCGCGGACGAUCAGGGCUUCGGAACAAACAGACUGUUUUCACUUUCGCUGGGACAGGGUCAAGGACCCAUAGCCGUGAAUCUGAUUGACGAGGGAGUAAAGAACGGCACGUGGGUCGUGUUGCAAAAUUGUCACCUCGCCAAGAGCUGGAUGGGCACACUCGAAAAGAUUUGCGAAGCUUUCACACCGGAAACCGUCCACCCGGAUUUUCGACUGUGGCUCACGAGUUAUCCGGCGGAACAUUUCCCGGUGAGUGUUCUUCAGAACGGGGUCAAGAUGACCAACGAGCCACCGAAGGGCCUCAGAUCCAAUAUCACGAGGUCUUAUCUGCAGGACCCGAUAUGCGACCCCGAAUUUUUCGGAGUCUCGAGGCAAAAAGAGUCCUUUAAAAAGCUUCUUUUCUCGCUGUGCUUUUUCCACGCGAUUGUCCAAGAGAGACGCAAAUUUGGGCCGAUCGGUUGGAACAAUCCUUACGAGUUCAACGAAACGGACUUACGCAUAAGCGUUCUCCAGCUGAAAAUCUUUUUGGAUCAAUACGAGGACGUGCAGUUCGAAGCCCUUAAAUAUCUCACAGGUGAAUGCAAUUACGGUGGUCGUGUAACCGACGAAUGGGAUCGAAGGACCUUGAUCACGAUCCUGGACAAGUUUUACUCCGAGCAGCUCGUCCAAGACUCCGAUUAUCUGUUCGAUCCUUCGGGACUUUAUUUCGUGCCGAAAGUAUCCGAGCACGAGGAUUUUCUCGAGUAUGUGAAAAAUUUGCCGAUGGUGACCGCACCCAGUGUCUUCGGAAUGAACGAGAACGCUGACAUAAUAAAAGAUCAACAGGAAACGCAGUUGCUGGUCACGUCCAUUUUAUUGACUCAGGAGGACACGGAUGCUGGCUCGACGGAUAUCGAGGGUACAAAAACUCCAGACGAGACGGUAUACGAGGUGUCUGCUGACAUACUUUCGAAAUUGCCAAUGGAUUAUGACCUCGUCGAUGCCCUAGAAAAAUAUCCGACCUCCUACGAGCAAAGUAUGAACACUGUUCUCGUACAAGAGAUGGGAAGAUUCAAUAAACUUUUGCAAACCAUACGAGUCAGCCUCGUCAACGUUCAGAGGGCGAUUAAAGGUUUCGUGGUAAUGGACACGUCCCUCGAAGAAGUUUACACUUCCAUCAUAACUGGCAAAAUUCCAGCGACUUGGAAAGCCAAUUCUUAUCCAUCGUUGAAACCUCUUGGAAGCUACAUUCAGGACUUUUUAAGGAGACUCAAGUUUCUUGAGGUUUGGUUCGUCGAAGGCCCUCCCACGUCAUUUUGGCUCUCCGGGUUCUACUUCACCCAAGCAUUUUUGACUGGAGCACGUCAGAAUUACGCUCGCAAAUAUUCCAUUCCAAUCGACUUGUUGAUUUACGAUUUCGUGCCUUUGAAGGAGACGAAAUUCGCGAAAGCUCCCGACGACGGUAUCUACGUUUACGGUUUGUUUCUUGACGGAGCUCGUUUCAACAUGGACACCAUGAACCUCGACGAGUCUCUGCCCAAAGUUCUAUUCGACACUGUUCCUUACUUGUGGCUCGUGCCGACGACGAAGGACAAAGUGGUUGAAAGACCGGUUUACACUUGCCCCGUGUACAAGACAGCAGAGCGCCGUGGAAUUUUAUCGACGACCGGGCACUCGACGAAUUUCGUUAUCGCGAUGUGGUUGCCGACCGCGAAACCCUCGCAGCAUUGGAUAAUGCGAGGUGUCGCAAUGCUCUGUCAAUUGUCACAGUGAAUAAUGGUGAAAAUGGAAGCCUGAGAAACCGAGGAUGGAGCAAUUAUAGUCGAGAAAAUGGGAAAACACGAAUUUUUCCAAAUAAAAUUUAAACGAGUCCUUU